GGAGCGCUGCGGGCACCGCCACCCCCGGCACCGCCGCCACCGACGCGAGGGAAGAAAUGUCUCAGGCAGGACCCCUCUCCAGGAACCUCAUUUUGUGCACCUUUCUUCAGGAGCACGGCCUGCAAGCUGUGGUGGUCCCCGGCAUGACCAGUCUCCUCCAGUACAAUCCUGAUCCCCUCGGUGACAUCCCUCACGAGGUGGCCAUGCGGCUGGCCUUCAUCGGGGACGAGCUGGAAGUGCGAUGGAUGCUGCCCCGCGUUGCCCAGGUGCCCUGGAUGGCCGUGUACAGCCUGACUUUCACCUACAACCAGACAGCCCUGAGGAAUGUCCUUAGAAGUUUUAUGAGUGGUCUCAUUACCCUCAGGGGGAACAGAAGGUUCUGGAGCUUCCUGAUCCUCAGGGACAGGGUGUCCCCCAGCUGGGGGCGCAAGCUGUCCCUGCUGCUGCUGCUGGCGCUGGUCCUGGACCUCCUCCAUUGACACGCUGCUGGACAGCGCGG